AGACAAUAUAAUAAACAAAAUCCUACGCUGAAAUCAAAAACCCCUCUUGUCCCUCAAAAACCUAAUUUCUUGCAUCUCCUUGAGCGCAAAACAAUGGCGAAAUCUAUGAGAUGCAAGAGGGUGAAGAGAUUGAGAGCUAUAAGAAGAGAAAUAGUGGAGAAGGAAGCAUUCACCCUAACGAGAGACGACGCCAAAUCCGCCGCCAUCGAAGCCGCACUCGCCGCCCCCAAGUUACCGGUUCGUCAACCACCACCUUCUCCGUUCAUGGAAGUUGUCUCGUCUACCACCGAGUCCGCCUCUGCCUCCGGUACUAUAGCUAACGAUUCCGAUGUGGAAAUGGAUGGUGAGAAGCAUAACAAGUCUCUAAAACCCAUCGGGAGGAAGCUGAAGAAGAAGUUUAAGAUGGGGAUGAAGAAUCGUCGCAGCAAGGGUUUCCUUCGAGGCAAGCGUGUCUAAGUUCCUCCCAAGUUUUGGUUUUACUCUGUUUCACCUCUCGUAGCCAAGUCUUGUUUUGUACUGUUAUUUUUUUUUUGGCGAGCUUCAGUAUAUAGAGAACAUACGAACAUGAUCUUGAACCGAAAGUCUGAAUCUGAUUAUGUUUCACUUCUUCA